AUGGCGCCGAAGACUGGGAAGAAGAGAGGCGGACGCAAGCCCAAGCCUAAGCCCAAACCCAAACCCAAAACCCCAUCUUCCUCUAGCCCGCCGACCUCGGUUCUGCCGCCACCGCCGACGGAGACGAAGGCUGCCGACGUCCUCACCGGGGACGUGCUCCGCAACGUCCUCCGCCGCCUCUCCCUCGUCGACCUCCUCCGCGCCGCCCUCGCCUGCCACUCCUGGCGCCGCGUCGCCUCCCGCUGCCUCCCCCGCGCCCCUCCCCUCCUCGGCUACUUCCACCACCCCGUCAAAACCUGCCUCCCGCCGCCCUUCAAGCAGAAGCACCAGCCCCUCCAAGACGCCGUCUUCGUCCCCCUCGGCUCCUCCUCUCCGCUCAGCUCCCUCGACUUCGCCCCGGGCGCCUCCCGCUACAAGCUCUACGACUCUCUCCAGGGCCUCCUGCUCCUCGAGCCGACCGCGGCGCUCCGCGGGGGGAUCCUCCCGCGCUUCCUCGUCCUCGACCCGGCCACCCGCCGCCGCGCGCUCCUCCGUCCGCCGCCGCGCUCUACGGUGCCCGAUGACCGCCUCUGGCGCCCCUCCAGGUUCUACAUCGGCUCCGCGCUUCUCUCCCGCGCGCACCCCAGCAAGCUCUGCUUCGAGGUCGUCUGCUUCGCCAUCGACGACGGGCACCCGCGCGCCUGGGUCGCGUCCGUCGACGAGGGCCAGUGCCGCUGGCGCGCGCUCCCGCGGGCCGUGGACGUCGAGGUCGAAUUCGAGCCCUGGUGCUUCGAGCGACGCUGCGUGCACGCCGCCGGGAAGCUCUAUUGUCACAUCUGCAAGUCCGGCCGCGUGCUCGUGCUGGACCCUUCCACACUGCACUUCUCUUACAUGCUGGCGCCGGCCGCACUGUCGGACCACUUCAGCAAGUACCGCGUCGGGGAGAUGCCGGAGGACGGGCAGCUCUGCAUCGCGACCGUGGAGAACCAGAUGAUGCAGCUCUGGGUGCGUGGGGAGACCAGGUGGAGCGACAAUGGGUGGCGUCUUGAGAGGGAGAUGAACCUUAGCAAGUUGUACGACGCACUGCCGGGCGUGCCCAGGGACAGGAGGGCCAGGUCGGCGAGCAUCAUGCUCACCGACAUGGACGCCGGCCGCACAGGGAAGCUGUUCAUCCAGAUGCUGGGCUAUGGGCGCUACUCGUUCGAUCUCAAGACUUGCAAGCUGGAGCGCCUGGCGAUGGAAGAUGGCAAGGAGUACGGGGACCCCAUCUUCGCCUACUCCCUGGCAUGGCCGCCUGCCUUCCUGGCUGAAGCGUAA